AUGAAGCAGGAUGUAUCUGAAGAGGAUAUGUCACAGGACAAUGUUCUGGAACCUUCUGAAGACUCACAGAAAAUAGAGCGCAAAGAUGUUCUCAGUCCAAAAGAAAAUGAUCUAAGCGAAGACCUGAUUGACUUAACUGACAUGGGUAGACAUAUUAAAAUAAAUGAAAGAAACAUAUUACAAAAAUACUCAAGUUGUAACUAUGAAGACCACUUUGAUAUCUUAGUGAAGGCUUUCAAACUAGUCACCUAUGAAAGCCUUUGUCUGCCAGAUGAUUUGGAAAAUCGAGGUGUGAAGGAUCUGAAAAAUUAUUACUACAAAGAAGAUGGAAUGUUGCUGUGGAAUGCAAUAAAUGAAUUUGUUGGCAACUUUGUUGACUUCUUCUAUAAAACUGAUAAUGAUGUUAAGAAAGACAGCAAUCUUCAGGACUGGGUCAAAGAAAUAUUUCAGCAUGGUUUCUUAGAGAGGAAGGCUUCAGGAAUUCCUAGCAGUCUGGAAAGUAAGCCAGCUUUCAAGAAGUACCUGACGAUGGUUAUAUUCACGUGCUCUGCUCAACAUGCUGCAAUGAACAACGGACAGUUUGACAUUUUUGCCUGGGUGCCAAACUCUCCAAAUACAAUGAGAAAACCUCCACCAAAGCGAAUUGAAGAUGUUACAGAGGCGUUGAUUGUGCAAACAUUGCCAGAAAUCAAUGUGGCAUCCAGACUCAUUAGUAUAGUAUACCAGAUCACUUACCCUGGGGAUGAUUUUGUAAGUAGUCCCAAAAAUGUAAAUGUUUACAUUUUAUUUCAUCUUUUACCUUCCUUUGAAUGUAUCCAAAUCUAGACAUAGCAAGCUGA